AAAGUCUGACCUCACCCAUUCAUUUCAUCUACAUAAUAACCGAAGAGAGAUCUUGCCACAUGUCCGGAGAGCGCUUGGGUAGCGUGAAGCUUACGAGGAGAUCUGGGUUGCAUCUUCUCGAAAAGAAAGACGCAUUUUUUGUUACUACCGAAACCUUAAGGGGGGCUUUUUAAAGCUGGAAAACAUCUAGUAACCAAAUCCAGCUGCGUGUGUGAGUCUGAGUUUAAGUUUGCGUGUGUGUGUGUGUGUGUGUGUGUGCGUGCGUGUGUGUGCGUAUGAGGAAGAGGCAGAGAAAGAGAGAAAGACAGAGAGAAGCUGAGAGGGUCUGCUUCCUUUAGUCUAAGCAAAAGAAAGAAAGAAAGAAAGGAAGGGGGGGAAAAAAGAAAGAACCGUCUGCUUUCACCCCCCGCCGACGCUGUAGUAGCUUUUUUUCAGGAAUGAACGCCGAGACGUGCGUUUCAUACUGCGACAUGACAUCCAUGGAUUCGUAUUAUAGCGCGUCCGCGGCGCAGGCUCGGGAUCAGCAAGCCAACAACCCGUUCAGGACAUUCCCAACCAGCAGCGACACCAAAUACAGCCCGACGUUCCUCAGCAGCAGCACCAACAGCACCAGCAGCAGUAAAGCUCCGGCGUACGGAGAGAAGUCUCGGAGCCCGUUCCAGCAGGAAUGCCAACCACUGGAUGGCACCGCUGGAGAAGGCACCUUUAACAAAUACCACCUCUUCAUGCACAGAUCCUCUUGCAAGACUCCACCAGAAAGCAGCAAACUGCACCAGGACAGCAACGGAGGACUCAUCUCCUGCUACGGUAAAGACACCACAGGGCUGACCGACUCGGACCUGCCGGCGAACACCGACCCCACAGGGAUGGAUGGUAGCUACCUCAGCGUGAAGGAUCCAGGAGCCAAGGUUCCUCAGGACAGACCCAGCUCUGAGCUCGCCUCCCCCCUGGACAAAGGUGAGGGAGAGAGCAACAAGGGCAAGAAGAGACGUAACCGCACCACCUUCACGAGCUAUCAGCUGGAAGAGCUGGAGAAAGUCUUCCAGAAGACGCACUACCCGGAUGUGUACGCCCGAGAGCAGCUGGCACUCAGGACGGACCUCACAGAGGCUCGAGUCCAGGUAUGGUUCCAGAACCGGAGAGCCAAGUGGAGGAAGAGGGAACGUUUUGGACAGAUGCAGCAGGUCCGAACGCACUUCUCCACCGCCUACGAGCUUCCACUCCUCACUCGGCCGGAGAACUACGCCCAGAUCCAGAACCCCUCAUGGAUCGGAGGCAGCAGCGCAGCGUCUCCGGUGCCAGGCUGCGUCGUUCCGUGCGACUCGGUGACUUCCUGCAUGACCCCUCACCCCCACGCUGCGAGCGGAGUGUCCGACUUCCUGGGCGUGCCCAGUCCCGGAGGUCACAUGGGACAAAGCCACAUGGGCAGUCUGUUCGGGAGUCCAGGCAUGAGCGGUGGCAUCAACGGAUACGAUCUGAACAUGGACCCUGACCGGAAGUCGUCCAGCAUUGCUGCUCUGCGCAUGAAAGCCAAGGAACACAGUGCAGCCAUCUCCUGGGCCACAUGAUCGCCCAGACGCACCGGCACCGUCGCUCGUGGUGUUCUUUAACAACGCAGUGAGAGAACGAGACGGUGAAGAGGACAAAAAAAAAAAAGUCAAAAAAAAAAACCACGAGCAUGGGUGAAUACCAGAGCAACCACGAUGCCACGUGUGGCGAAGGACAAAGACGGUGAGGGAGUGGACUGACUCGGAGAACAGAAAACUGAUAUUAUUAUUAUUAAAAAUUAAAAUAAAACCCUGUGAAGGAAAUCCUCUUUAGGAAGAGAAUAAUCUGAGAUCUGGGAAAUGAGAAAUAACCAAAGUGAGCUGUGGUUAAGGAUUGGUAGUUCCUGGGAUAAAACUUGCUAAGAAUAAAUCGAAUUAAAAUAAAAGCAACCCCUGCACUUAUCAGACGAACCUGUAGGUCCUAGCUGUAACGAGUAACUAUACAGAAACAGGCCUGAGAAUACGAACAAUUUCACUACUUCACAGACCAGUGGUGUCCGAUCUUAUCCGGAAAGGGCCGGUGCGGGUGCAGGUUUUCAAUCCAACCGAGCAGAGGCACACCUGAAAGCAGGUGGACUCGGGCGUGGCUCCUGCUCGGAACGGAUCGGAAUGAAAACCCGAACCCACACCGGCCCUUUGCGGAUAAGAUCGGACGCCCCGGUCAUAGACGCAUCUUUACCCGAAAGUCCAAAUCUGGACUUUCUUGGUGAAAGUCAAAAACAUUUACAUACUUAAUCUGCAUAUAAAGAAAAAAAAAAAAGAAACGUAACUUUCCUUUCCAUUUGAGCAAAAUGACGACUUUAUGCUCACGACUAGUCUAAAUCAUUCUACACUGCACUGAAGAAUAUCUUCUUACAUCUAAUAGCGCUGUGUUCGUCAGGCGGUGCGGCCACGCGGAGCAGGAAGCGUUCGUACGCAGCGUGCGAUGGUGAAAGACUGACCCUGGACGUGCAGGACCCUAAGGAGCCCGAGACACUUUACGGGAAGGUGUGGACGAAAACCGGUUCACACUUUAUGACUUUCAAGCCAACGGAAAAUGUCAGAAGAACCGAGAUCGGCGCCGUAAGAACGCAGAAUUUGACGAGCUCGCGGUAUCAGUGGCAGAUUUAGCAAUUCGACCAAAGACGUAGCAAGAUUGCAAACUCGGCAACAAAUACGGUAGCGGCGAUGGAGAGACGUAAACAACACCGUGCUAACGGACAGAAAGGACGAUCUCCUUAUUUACCUCAAGCGCGGUUCCAAGAGCGUACGUUUAAGCGCACCCCUUUUCUGCACCAGCUGAUUUCCCCAUCACGCUGACUGAAGGCCUGAGCGGCCUCGUACGCAGACGCUGUCCUUAUCGUUAGACGAUCAUCACAUCGUAUAAUCUGACCUGGAGAACGAUUAAGGCGAGUUCAAUCUAAUCGGAUUCGGUCCGUACGGGAUUUCGCAAAGUUUUUCCGUGAUCGUUGCGGGCCAUAAAUGCCUGGUUUUGCUGUGGCGCUUUUCAAAAUUUGUUGUGUGACUUUUUUUUUUUGCAGAAAACUACUCGAAUUGUCGAAAUCGCAAUAAAUAGCUGUGCGUGCUCUUCCGCCGUGAUGUUCAUGGGUAAAUGAGACCUUUCAGCUGUACGCAUGCUCGACGCACGUGAAUCGAAGAGGGCUUUGGCUGAACGCGUGUUGGUGACGACGUCACGUGGGGUUCGGUCGAUGCUGCGUUCAUUUCUGCGAUCGCAGAAAAUCCUGACGGGACCGUCUGAAAAAUACAAUCGUAAAUAAAUCCAGCAGACAGUGAUUUUUGAGAAGACUGGGAGACGCUACACGAGCCGACUUUUUAAAAUUAGGACGAUUUUUCGACCGAUCUGCACGCUGCUUCUAGUCCCGCCCACAUCUCCUAGCUCGGCUUGCGUGGUACCUGCGUCAGCAUGUGACCAAAUACAGCCCGGGUACACCUCAUAGCCAUGGAAAUUGCAGCAACAUGGAGGAUUAUGGGUAAUUUGCCAAGUCGUACCGCGCGGUCCUGUGGAAAGAGCUUUAAAAAAAAAAAAAAAGCGUCAUGCAAACCUUCAUCACAUCGAGCGAGGGCUUCCUUACACGUCUGGUUUCUGAUCAAUUUCGACAUUUGAAACACAGAGAAAACGCUGCAUCUUAAAAAAAAACACAUGUAAUGUAUUCCCCUUCUGUGCAGAGUUAACAAUCUCUCUCUCUCUCACACACACACACACACACACACACACACACACACACACACACACACACACACACAAGAAAGAGCUAAAGCCAUUUUCCCGUUCUAAGAGCUCCCAGGUGAGACUUAAGCAAGUUGAUGGAUUUGUUGAAAUAUAUUACCCUCUACAUCUCAAUCCACGUUUAUUUUCUCUCCCAGAGAGACUCAGGGCAAGAUAUUUAACCUGAAGUGACAAUACAGUGCGUCUGAAAGCUCGGUCAGGGUUUUCUACAUGCUUUAUAUGGCAAUAACAAUAACGUCAAACACCAUCUAGCGACGGUCACCUUGUAGCGAGGCAAGAUUUCCGGAGAGAUCGUGGACGAAGAGUAAUCCUGCAGCGAUUCGGGACGUUAGGCAGAAAAAAAAACCCUCAAGCUACAAUAUAACAGUAAACUACACCCCGCUGUCCGUGCCAGAUUUCCCAAAUACUGACUAAAGAAUGAAUUUUGCCGAUUUAGCCGAGACCUCGGUGCGUUAUCCGGGUAUAUGAUCUUCCAGAGACGGCCGGUUCGAAUACGAUGCGCAGAGACAUUUAAAUGCAUGCUCGGGUUUGAUCUUCGCUGCAUGAUUUUUUUGGCAGCGGUCCCUCAGAAAAUGCCCAGCAUUCCACACUCGAGUCCGACACCCUGACACUCAUCGUGGACGUUUGACUUUCCUUUAUCGCCGGACGUUUUACUCGACGCGAGUUAAAAGCGGUCGGCGUUCCAUCGUGAUUUGCUUUACAGCAUUUCUGGGUCUCGUUCGUUCUUUCUUUCUUCCUUCCGGAUUCCAGAUAUAGAUCAGAUAGAAACAAAUCUGUUCUAAAUUUGCGGAAGAACCCGAUACGUGUUUAGACAGGCCGUUUCCGGUUUAUAAACCAGAACCGCGUUCGUGUCAUCUUACUGGGAGGCUUUACGGAAUUCCUCGUUUUCGGACGCAAAGAGGUUUUAUCGCGCUCAUAACUGGAGAUGAGCGUCUGACGCCGGUGUUCAACACUUCGACAGGUCAAAGGAUUGAGUAGAGGACACUAAAACAGUCGAAGAGGAGGGGAGAAAAGGAAGCACACUCGUUAUGAAAUUUCAGACGAGCGACUAACAGCGGCCUUUUAAUCGUUAGCUUAACCAUUAGCGAUUAGCUCAUAGCUAUGAAUAAAACAUGAAUUUAGUUGUUUUGUUUCACGCCGGCGUUUAAACGCUGCUUCAGUCAUCCGGAUUUUUAUUUUUUCGGACAAGCCAUGUCAUGGGUUCACUGAUCAGACCGGAGAAGGCGAAUAAAACGAGCAAUCGUCGAACUUGUGUGAGAACUCGUUCCUUGCUCGAUGCCGUCGCCUAAAGAACUGAAUUUGAACGGCUGUACGUGAUUGGCUGCAGCAGAGGAUCUGGUACAGAAGGCAGGUUCAUGUUUAGGAAACCAGCGUUGAUUCUCCUGCAGUAUUUUUUCUUGCUUUCACGUACUGGGUGUGUUGCCAUGACAACAGAAACAGACGUUAAUGACGUGUGCAUGAGUGUCGUACGUAUUUUACAAAACGCAUGAAAUGUGGUGAAAUUCAUCAUUUCAAAGGUCCAUGAUUUUGCAGACUCGUGAAGUUUUCCUCGUGUUGGCGUCUUCGCCGAAUACUCUCUUGAUUUAACGAGCUGUAAUGAAAGAAUUACGCGACGAAGAACCCACGAUUAUCUAACGGACGCUUGGAGAACCCUUUUACGUAUCAACUUGGUAAGCGGCGUCCGCUACAAACUUCAAACGUUUGCUCGUUAUUUUCGUUUUCAUACGUGGAACCUGUCAGAGGUUUACAAUUCAGCUUGGUACUCGGUACGCUCAUAGAAAAAAAGGGUUCUCCAAGGGUUCUUGGCUUCCUGAAAGGUACUGCUUGGAACCCGUUCUGAUAGGGAAACGCUACGCAGAACCUAGCAGCUCUCUAAAUUUCCUAAGAGUGAAUCAGUAUGAGGACGUGAUGUCCAGGGUUUGUACAGGUUUUCUGAAAUAAGGUUCAAGCUUGACACCUGGUACUAUUUUAGAGAAAAGGGUUCUUGUAGAGAUCCUUAAGGGGUCAUCGGAAAAUUAAGUGCAAGUUAAGAACCCGUAGUUACCCAGUGGCCCCUUGAAGAACCCUUUUUACUUGCUCUUUUUUUUUGGGGGGUUCUUCAAGGGUUCUUCAAAAUGGGUUCUUCAAGGCUUCUCGGCUCUCUGAAAGGUUCUGCUUGGAACCUGUUCUGAGAGGGAAAUACUCCUUAGAACCAAGAAGGUUUCGAAAGGACACCCUGGCCAGGUUUGUACAGGUGUUCUGAAAUAAAAGUCAAGUUCGUCAAUUCUUGAAGUGUUCUUAGCUUCUAAAAGAGGGUUCCACGUGUAACCCUUUUUUGCAUGCUAACAACCUGUAAUUAUCCAAUGACCCCUUAAAGAACCCAUAAAGAACCCUUUUUUCCUGCUCAUUAUUUGUUACCUAGAAUCUGGCAGAGCUUUACCAUGUAGCUUCUUGGUGCUUGGUACAAUCUUAGAAAAUUGGGGUCUUCAAGGGUUUUCAUCUUCCUGAAAGAUUCUGCUUGGACCCUCUUCUGUUGUAGGGUUCUAUACAGAACCUAGAAGGGUUCUAGAUUUUCUCAGAGUGUAGUAUGAUGACACAAGGUUUUCUGAACUAAAUUUAAGCUUGGUACAAAAGGGUUCUUUAAGAGUCUAGCUGGGUUCUUAGCUUUCAAAAAAGGCUUAAAUCCGGUUCCAUCACCGGAUCCAGUUUCUUUUCUGCAUUUAAACAUGAGCAUAUAGAUGUUCCUGAGAGCUUGCACUUCUCUCGAGCCCUCUUAGCGUCCCUGUACGGCGUAGAACACCGGUUUUGUCGCUCUUGGGUUACUCAGAGGGCGAAAACGACGGUUUCACGUUCCGGCGUUCUGAGAAAGGACAGAACGCACAGCUGUGUGACGAGCAAAUGCAAAACAAACAUGCCUCGCUCAUGCUCGUGCUCAGCUGUCAAGGCUCCUCUUUCACAAAGUCGCACGCUGCACGACUCGACUCGCUCUCUCCCGGUUUAAACCAUCGACUCGCGGACAUUCGUCAAGUUUCCUUAAUUAUCACCCGGACAACUGCGGAUCGGGAUUGUGUGACAGCACCGAGAUGCCGGUUCUCGUUGGGCGGGUUAUUUUACGAUUGGCUUUAGGCGGCUAUCUCAGCUCACAGCUCAGAACUCAGGUCACUAAAAUAGUCGUGGGAUAAUUUUGGUUUCUUUACACAAAAAAACAAACAAAAAAAAACCUACAGGUUCUACCAAGCAUGAAACUCAAACUGGUAGCAGCGUGAUUCGUGCAAACAAAAUAAACAAAAAAGAAAAAACAUGAAAGAAGUCCAUCUCUACAUCGUCCCUUGUCACUUCUAAUACUACUGAAGAAGGCAUAUCCGAGUUCUAGAAUAAUAAUAUAAUGCUUUUGUGUGUGAGCGUGUGCGGGCAUGUACAAUUUUCUGUGCGUUAAUUUUUUUUUUUUGCUGUUUAAGAAUUGAAAAUGUAAUUAAUUUGUUGUAAUUAUCCUUGCGAGGAAUUUAAUAUUAUUUCGUGUGUGAGGUUGGGGUUUGUGUUUGGAUUUUAGGAUUUAAAUGUGAUUUUUUUCUCUCUCUCUCUACGCCCCCCCCCCCCCCCACCCCACCCCUCCCCGGUGUGAUACAUUUUUCAUUUUCUUUUCUCCUCCCAAAGCUUCGAGCUAAAUGUACGGCGUUCUAAUUAAUUAUUUACUUCCAGGCUUGUUGAUAUUCUACAUACAUAUAUAUAUAAACAUAUAUAUGUAUUGUGUGUGUGUGUGUGUGUGUGUGUGUGUGUGAGAUUUACAACAGUAAGUUAUUGCACUUACAAAAGCUUUGCUCAUAGUAACUGACCUGGGUUUGAUAUCACUAAUAAGCGGUAUAUAAUCAAGCUCCAACAUUUGGUCUAAUUGAUCCCCCCCCCCACACACACUGUCCCAAACUCGUCUUACACAACAGUAAUUACGCAUGACUCAGCUACAAAUCACAGCCUUUCUGAAAAACCGUCCAAGGCUCCCACUGGUUUUAUGUGAGCCUUUAUUAUUUUUUUUUUGCCCCAGGACAAUUCCCACUCAACAGACUAUUUUAAGAUCUUGGCUUGUGAAAUCGCAUGCAUUCUCAAAGCACCAUCAUUCCUCUUCCAUUCUCUAAUAAAUUGGACUAAUGGAGUACCAGUGGAGAGAAGAAGCAGCGUGGGUUUGACCGUAUUCCAGCAACGGGGAAAAGAACAUUACAUUCUAACCCACGUACUGUAGAGGAAGGAGCUCUGCUGCUUUUAUUUCAGGCUUUGAAUAUGUGUGUGUGUGUGUGUGAGAGAGAGAAUCCAUGUGUGUGUUAGUGUUAGUGUGUGUGCGCUUGGUUUUUUUUUUCCCCUUUAGAUACUGAUCAAUAAAAACCUUAACAUUGA